AAUAAUGGAUCUUCCUCUGUCUGCCCUUGUGCUUGUGGAAAGACCACUUGGGUUCCAACCACGUACACUGAGGUCUAUACUCUCUACGAUUCCACGAAUUCUGAUGGCCCGAUUGUCACCGCUCCCUCUGCUACGAUGUCCGAUUCUUCCGCUCUCAGCGGCUUCUUCAGCAGCAUCGCCUCCGAUGAUGAUGAUGAUGAUGGCGACCAUGGCGGCGAUGAUGAUGACGAUGAUGGCGGCGGCGACGACGACGACCACGGAGGAGACGAUGAUGAUGGCGGAGAUGACGACCACGGCGGCGACGACGAUGAUGAUGGAGGAGAUGAUGACCACGGGGGAGAUGACGACGAUCAUGGAGGAGACGAUGAUCAUGGAGGUGACGACGGCCAUGGCAGCGAUGACGAUGACCGCGGGCAUACAAGUGAUGAUGACGACGAGAACUCCCUCUUCGAUUUCAGAAUCGACCUCGGCAUCGACAUACUCAACAAAGCACGCAACAUCCUUGGCCAUGGCAUGGAUAUUGGCUUCGGCACCAAUAAACCAGCGGGCAAGACAGAGCCCGAUGAGCCUGAGCCCUCCCAGUCCGAGAAGGAGACAUCCACGUCCACCUCAACCUCAUCCUGCACCCAGACAUACACCAUCGCCCCUCACUGCACUCAGCCAUGCGUCGUCUCGCAGAUUCGAAGCCAGGGAACGAGCAGCUUCACCACCAGUUGCGCGACAGCCACCUGCCGGACGACACAGCUCUGCACCAGCAUCGAAACCACGACUACAACCACUUACACGACCAAGAAGCCCAAGCCCACCGCUGGCUGCAUGGCCGGAAAGUGUCUUUCAUGCCAAGAUGACAACAAAAAGCUGGAAGCUCGGCAGGGCUGGUGGGACGAGGACAUUCUCACCGAGACCAUUUCCGAACCCGAAGAAUGGCACGAAGGCGAGUACGAGUGGUGGGAGAAGAUGCGCCGUGUCGCAAAGUACUACGGUCCCGGCCUAGCCAUGGGAAGCAAGACCGGACACGACUCCUCGGCCUCCUGGGAAGCUUUCGGUCCCACCCCUCACGGCGGCGGCGCCGGUCCCGUCUGGGGCUGUACCAUCAUCGCCUCUUUUUCCCCCGAGGGCGUCUACGCCAACCACCUGUGGGAGAUUCCCAACUUCAACAUCCCCCCUGAUGAAGAGAAGUACUUCAAGGUCGAGAAGGGUUACAGAGAGCCCUACUACUUUGAGCAGAAUGUCAACCGCUUCCUCCAGUAUGGCUCGCUCGAUACGCCCAAGCAAAAGGAAUAUCCCGCGUUGUGCCCGAUGAACCUCCCCGGCGGUCCCCUCUACGGCGACGACUACCAAUUCUUCCGGACAAUCAUGUUUGUCCCCAUCGAGACGACGGGCAAAAUGUACUACGCUCACCAAAACUCCCUGAUCAUGUCGAUUCUCACCGAGCAGUGCAAGAUUGACAAGAAGUACAUCACCAUCUACGGGUACGAACCCAAAGAAGUGCUCGACAAGGACUUUCAGUACGAUUUGGGCCGCGCCACCCCCCCUGCCGACCGCCGCGCCUCGAACCCCUGGGACGGCCUCUUCAGCUGGCAGUACACGCCCAAGGGCUCCAGCGGCAAGAAGGAGCUCGUGGUUCGCUUCGAGAAGAGUAUCAUCCACCGCGAUGCCUGGUGUGGCGAUGGACUUGUGACGCAGCCGGAGGCCCCCGUCCGGUUCGACCUCAGACCGAACACUCCUCGCCCGUCCGACACUGGCACCCCUCGUCCUCCCGCGAAGAAACUCAAACUCAGACAAGAUGAAGGAACCUGCCCGCACAUGAUCGCCUGCGGUCUCGGCUCUCCCAAGCUGAGCGUCUGCGACUAUAAGAAGUUCCCUCCCCCGCCCCUCGAAGGUCCCUCGCGCCUGAAGUCCCGAGCACCGCCUUCCAACGACCCCGCCAAGGGCCCGAUUCAGGCGGAGCUCGAUCUCGAAUCAGAGACCAUGAUCGAGCCCGAAGACUCCAUCGGCGGUGAACGGUGGUGGUACACCCGCAUGCGCCACGCGAUCUGGUCCACGAGCUCCAUGGUCAGAUUCAACCAAGAGGUCGACGGCACGUACACGAACCGGCCGCGCUUCGGCGGCUCGGGACCCAUCUGGGGCUGCACCGUCGUCGUCGUCGCGUCCCCGGCCGGCGUCUGGACCAGCCACAUGUGGGAGAUUCCCACCUUCAGCCUGGGCGCGGAGUUUGGCAGCGGCGACACGACGGAGUGGGCCAGGGUUUACCCAAAGUCGCAGAUCGAGUACUUUGGCGAAGGCGUCGUGGACUUCCUCUCCUGGGGCAACAAUCGCGGCUCCUACAGGCAGCUCAAGAACGGCAAAGUCCCCACGCGCAACCCGGGCUUCGUCGAGUUCGCGGCAAAGAACUCGGGCGAACCCUUUGAUGUCAAGACCAAGACGUGGCUCUGGGCCGGCAUCAUCACCCGCGCUCACAAGGACAUGAGGGGCCCUUCCUUGCAGUAUCAGGACUCGGCGAUGCGGACGGCGUACAGCUGGCAAGUGGAGCGGAUUCAAAACAUCUUGAGGCAGAAGCUGGGCAUCAACGACAAGGACUUUGUCAAGAUCAUCACGUACGCGCCACGCCCGAACAUGGCGCAGAGGAACCCCGACAUGCAGCCCGAGUACGGCCUCGUCAACUGGCAGUAUCACCCCUCGCACGUUGAGGAGGGCAAGAAGUACUCGGAGAGGAAGCUGCGCAUCCGGUUCGAGAAGCACGUCAUCUUUGAGAAGACGUGGUGCGGUUCCGGCAACAAGAUCAUCAUCGCAGACGGAUCCACCAAGCCGCCUCCGCCUCCGCCCCCGUCGAAGCACCGUCGACAGGAAGAUGAAGGUGGUGAGGUUGAGGCCUGUCUGUUGGCGCAUAACUCGUCGUCAGCUGCCGCUUCCGCGUCCUCCGUUGCUGCUUCGGCCGCCUCCGUGCUUCCGCGCCCCACGCAGGCUUGUACUGCCGACGCCGAGUGCGGCUCUCUUGCGUGCCCUCAACCCCGGUUCGGUGCCUGCCUGUAUGGUGCCUGUCGAUGUGUUCUCUCCGAGAGUCUCGGCUACACCAAGACUCCCGCCACUCCGCACUGCUCCUCCCUCUCCUGCGGUAGUAACCAGACGUACGCUUGCAUCACAAAGGGCGCGAACCCCAAGCCAACCUGCCGCUGCGUCAACCGCCCCAAGCUCUUCGAGCCCUGCGCCGCGGCAGCAGACUGCGAACACCUGAAAUGUGACGCAAACCACUUCUCCACCUGUCGCCCGCUCAUUAACUUCCCCGGAGCAGACUCCAUCUGCCAAUGCGAAGCCCUCGCCCUCAAGCCAGGCGCCUUCUGCACAGUCGACUCCCACUGCGACGGCCUCCCCUGCGACGGCACCAAGAACCGCCGCGGCAAGUGCAUCAAGCCUACCUCAGACGACACCGGCGGCGUCGGCCUCUCGGGCGGCUGCCAGUGCGACUACUACCAGUCCGAAGGCGUCGGCUGCGCCUCGCACGACGACUGCUCCACGAUCCGCUGCAACGAAGACAAGCCGUACAAUGCGCUCGACUGUGCUGGCAAGGGGAAUCUGCUUUGCGGUGAGAAGAGUAUGUGCGAGUGUAAGCCCUGCACUGAGAACUGGAAGGGCUUGACGUGCCAGGUGGAUGCGGAUUGCAACCACUGCUGCAAGCGCGGGACCUUGCCCAAGUGCAAGUAUACUCGCCUCGAGUUUUGGUCUGGUAAUGAGUGUCAGUGUGAUCUUUGGAAUUAG